AUGAGCAGGCUAUCGAAGGAGUAUGUGUCCACUUCCGAGGAGGAAAACGAGGGAGCUACGGUGGAGUUUGCGCCUCCAGCAGGAUACGUGAGAUGUAAGCAUUUGAAGAAGUUCCACAAGAAAAAGUCUGACGAGCAGCUGUGGCUGAUAAAAGUGCCCAGUUCGCUGGAUAUAUCGAAGUUGAAGAAGCUGCCUAUAGAUUUUAGUGGGAAGGAAAACGGGGAAGCGGCGAUAACGAGCGAGGGCAAAAGUUAUACCGUCAACAUGGACGUUACACAGCGGGAGGAGCAGGAUAGCAGUAAUUUAACGCUGCUGGUCCCGGACGAGAGCCGAGAUAGUCUGCGUGUCGGGGGCGAUAAGAGCAAAUCGUGGGGGUUCGAUAGGGUCUUCAGCGUGAGCGAGGCAGCGGCGGUUCCAAGGAUCGAGUACGAAGAGCUGAGAGUGCCACGCUCGGACGUGGUGAAGGUGGAGGGCUUACAGGUGAGACAUUUUGCCUCAGGGUACGACGAGAAGGAGAAGAGCAAGAAACGCGGAGCGACGGAUUCUUCGGCAGCACCAUCGAAGAAGCACAAAAAGAAGGACAAGAAGAAAUCCAAGAUAAAAUAA